CAGAGUUAUGACAUCUUUCGAAAAUUGGUUCACCACUGUGCACGAUGUCUCUCAAGUGAACGAACGUAUUGCUGAAUUGGAAGGGCAAAGGUCGUUGUUGUUUAACAAGGAUGAUGACAAAGAGGACACAAGGGCAUGGGAUCUUGCCAACGAGAUCAAAUUAGCCAUCGGCAAUGAGGAUGUGGAGACUUUGAACGCACUGAUUAGUACCUAUGGUGAAAUCCAGGCUCUUGUUGCUGCGAAGAACUUGGUGUCUGAGAGGAAGAGGCUCAUGGCACAGAGAAAGGACGUGGUACUAUCUGAAGAUCUCAAGAAGCAGCUAACAGAUGAUACGGGGUACAAUUUUGAGCAGUGGAGGGAAGUUAAAGACCAACUACGCCAAUUGCAGGAUCCUCAUUUGAAGCAGACAUUGUCUGAUACUCUGGAUGGUCUUGUUAUGUCUCACAAGGAUGAUUUCUACCUUGAGUUUGUCACUGCAUUGCACGGUUUUAAUUGGAUGAAACAAUCAGCUUUGUCCCCAGAAUUGUUCGAAUCUUUCACACAACUUGUGAAUUUACAAUCUCUGCUUUCGAAUAAGCCUAAGUAUCCAGAUACUGUGUGGGCCUUCGACGCUAUAUCACAAAACUUUAGAGUUGGUUUCAACUAUCAUUUCAAUUCGGAUAAGCAGACAAACCGAAUCGACAAACCAGAGUUGUUUCUCACCUACCUGCUUACUUAUCUGUCAACACAUAUAAUCAAGAUAAACAAGAUGUUCCCACUUGCAGACACUGAGCUCAACGAUUGUUCAGCUCAUACAGAGUUCAUUACCAGCGCACUGGUCCCUGUUAGGGACAAGUUACAACAGUUCAUUGGAAUUUUGAGAAACAGCACCGAGGAGAAAUCCACUGAUACUGAUCUUAGGCUGUUAAUCCACCUUGUGAAGGAGACUGUCAAUUUUGAUGAACUCUUGGUUAAUGAAUACUUCUAUGACCCUUUUAGCGAUGGCCUUUGGCCAGGACUCUUCUCAUGUUUUGACUACAGAGAUCUUGAAAAAUGGCUCAACCUUGAGAACAAAUAUGCCGACUCAAACUUCUUCACCAUUGUUGAUGCUCCAAACGUGUUCCAGAUUGAUUAUUCCUCUGUAGGACACGAUGAGCUCAAACCAACGGUGUCGUCAAUCAAGUUGAAAUACUUGUUCGAGUCCACCAUUAAGAACUUUCAAAAGCUGUUCGUCCCAAAUUACGAACUUAACAGCUCUUUACAGAAGUUUAAGCUGAAGCUGUUCUCCAGAAUGUUCCUCGGGUUCCUCGAGAUGUAUUACAAGGCAUUGAAUGACGGUGCCACCGCAUUUGCAGAUUUGUUCAGGAAGACUAAAUCCCUGUUGCACGCAACUAAGGGAAGUGAGGUUGACAUCAGUGGAUGUAACGGUUUAGAAAGACUGUUCCGUCUAUACUGCUCUUUGAGAUACACAAUCAAAUUUAUCAAAGUUUGGGAUAAUGAGCUGAUAUUUGUUGAACUCAACAACUUGUUCAAUAAGUAUUCCAACACACAAACCUCUUCGUUAUUUGCUACAAUUUUGGGGAAAUAUACCACACUUGAAACCCAGGUCUUUCAGCUGAUUAUACAAUUCCAUACCAAGACUAUUGAUUCACUCAUGAAGAAAUACGUUGCCCUCAACACUUGGGAUGUCCUUCAAGAACCAGAGAGUUACGCGGUCUCUGGUGAACUCGUCCCACUCAUGGACACACUUCCAGAGCUGUUUGACUUCUCUGUGAAGGUGGUAACAAAGCAUGAGUUGACAAAGAUCAAGAAUGCUGUCUCGUUAUAUCUUGCCAAUUGUAUCUUACAGAAUGUCAUCAAGGGCAAUCAUUUCUCUCGUGUUGGAGUGAAACAAUUGGCUUUGGACUUUACAACUGUGUGGGAGAACUUGCAAUUGAAGAGAAAUUUCCCAACUUACUACAAGCUAGUUGAAGUCUUUAAGGUGCUAAGUGUAAACGGUGACGAGAUUUCGUUGUAUGGGCCAUACUCUUCUGUAUCUUCAUACGCCAAAAGCGGCGAUUUCAGUUCUUUGAAACAAGACUUGGAUCUACAGUAUUUGAAAGAUGGUGAUAUAUUAGAUAUUUUGCUCAGAAUAAGCUAA